AUGAGUCACGUCGACGUCAACAACUUGAAGCCCAGCAACUUCGAGGAGCAGUACUAUGACCAAUACGAGUACUACAACCUCAGCGACAAGUACACAGAGGGGGCUUCGCGCAAGGGCCGUACCAAGAAGGAGGCCAGCGAAAACACCAACAGGCACAAUCCUGCCGGACAUGAGCGCAAGAUCGCUGAAAAACUCCAAAACAGCGAAAAGAAGAAGCUCAAAGAGUGA